AGAAGCGGGCAGGAUGUUGAUGAUGUUUCUUCCUCCUGUUAACCAGUUAACUCUAACAGACAUAAAAUAGCAGUAGCAUAAUACAAAUGAAUGAAUUAGUUGUAGGUUUAGUUCUCGCGGAAAGGCAGCGGACAUGGCUGCCGGUGUCUUACUCUUUGUUGCUGUGAACCUCGCCUGUUUGUCUGUCAGUGGAAACUUGGCCUCUGGAGAAAGAUCAUUCUCUAUAGACUAUAAAAACAACUAUUUCCUCAAAGAUGGGAAGCCUUUUCAGUACAUCUCAGGCAGUAUUCACUACUCCAGAAUCCCACGGUACUACUGGAAGGACCGGCUCGUAAAGAUGUACAUGACUGGACUCAAUGCUAUCCAAGUAUAUGUGCCCUGGAACUUCCAUGAGGCAGUACAGGGGGUCCACAACUUCACAGGGGGACAAGAUCUGGAGCAUUUUUUGGAUCUGGCGAAUCAGACAGGUCUUCUGGUCAUCCUGCGUCCCGGACCAUACAUCUGUGCAGAGUGGGAAAUGGGUGGAUUGCCUGCGUGGCUACUUCAGAAACCAAACAUCAUACUUCGCUCAGCUGACGCAGAUUAUGUCGAGGCAGUCAGCAACUGGCUUGCUGUUCUUCUGCCCAAAAUGAAGCCAUGGCUUUAUAUCAACGGGGGCAACAUCAUUACUGUCCAGGUGGAGAAUGAAUAUGGAAGUUACUUCGCUUGUGACUACAACUACAUGCGUCACCUGCGGACUCUAUUUCGCUUCUUUCUUGGCGAAGACACGGUCCUGUUUACCACCGAUGGAAACACAGACAAGGAAAUGACAUGCGGGACUCUGGAAGGAUUAUAUGCCACAGUAGACUUUGGCACAGACACCAACAUAACUAAAGCCUUUAACCGGCAAAGAAGGUUUGAACCUCGAGGGCCCCUGGUGAAUUCAGAGUUCUACACUGGCUGGUUGGACCACUGGGGAGAUCAGCAUGCUGUGGUUGAGGCUCAGAAGGUCAGCAGAGUGCUAGGAGAAAUGCUAGCCAUGGGGGCCAACGUCAACAUGUACAUGUUUGAAGGAGGCACUAACUUUGGCUAUUGGAAUGGUGCUGAUCAUGACACGAAGUUCCGCUCAGUAGUGACUAGUUAUGAUUACGACGCCCCGCUCUCCGAGGCAGGAGACCCCACAGAGAAGCUGUUGGCCAUCAGAGAUGUCAUUAAGCAGUUCAGAGAUAUUCCCUCUGGCCCCAUGCCACCAGCAACUCCUAAGUUUGCCUAUGGCUUUGUGACCCUGAAAAAGGUUGGCAACAUCAGCGGUCUAUUGAACACCCUCUCACCCGUCGGGCCAGUGAAAUCCCAGUAUCCUCUGACAUUUGAAGAGAUGAAACAGUUCUAUGGAUACAUGCUUUACCGGACCACGCUGCCCCGGAACCUCUCGCAGCCUACACCACUUAUCUCUCCACUCAAUGGGGUUCAUGACCGUGCAUAUGUAUCCGUCAAUGGGGUUUUCCAGGGUCUUUUAGAGAGAGACACUAAGCUGGUGAUCAACGUCACUGGACAGCAGGGGGACACUGUGGACAUCCUCAUUGAGAACAUGGGCAGGGUAAACUUUGGCAGCAAGAUCAAUGACUACAAGGGCCUUUUGAGCAACCUGAUCCUGGGUAAAGAUGUACUGACUGACUGGAAGAUCUACCCUUUGGACAUCGAUGGAGCCAUUGCUGGUGGAUGGCCUCAUUCAGACAGUCAAAAGUCCUUCCCUGCCCCUGAGAAAGACCCUUCAGUUGGGCCAGUCUUCUACAUGGGAACCUUACAGCCCAACGGCCUCGCCUGGGACACCUUUCUCAAACUCAAUGAAUGGACAAAGGGUCAGGUUUGGAUUAAUGGUGUUAAUCUGGGACGAUACUGGCCAGCAAGGGGCCCUCAACUGACUCUUUAUAUCCCUGGACCCCUACUCAGCAGCACCCUGCCCAACAACAUCACAGUGCUGGAGCUGGAGGGGGCCCCAGCACACUUACGGGUUCUCUUCAUGGACCGGCCUCAGCUUAAUGUCAAAAAGUCUUAACAGAGGACACUUAGUUUAGUAGCACAACAUUUAGCUGUACAAAUUAUACAUCCCGAUAUCUGUAUGAAGCAACUUUGACUGAAGCCGAGUAAAACUAGUCCUCUGAACAAUUCACUUGACGCAGGAAAAUUUGCUCCAUGCUUUUUUCCAGAUUAUUUCGGUGGCAUUAAUAUUUAAUCACUUCAGAUAUCCGUGUAUCAUCUGUAGCCAAUUCUUUAUCAUCACAAUCCAAACUGCUUUAAAACAGCAGCUUCAAUAAAAAAGUGAUUCAUUGA